CAGUCGGUAUGUGUAAUCGAUGGUGAUGGUGGAGAAUGAUUAUACAUGAUCGUCGGGGGAUUGAUCGUUUUGCCCGUGACAUACGUUUCACGCGUCGACUGCCCUGUCUUCCGAGUCCUGCGAAAACGAGGGGGACGAUUUCCGGCCCAAGUUUUCAGCGUCGACUCGGCAGUCGACGCGAUACAUGGUUGUCCGUGUGAUUGUUGUGUUCGUCGGGGUAGAAGCACGUGGAGGAUCACCCCCGCACGCCGCCGGACUAAUCUCUGUCAUCAGCGAUCGAUGAGAUUGGCAGUGCUUUAGCUUGUUUUAUCGACCGGUGAACCCUGCGGCUGCGAUUAUCGCUCUGCUAGCUAUUCAGUGUGAGGUCCUUGGGAGAUACCGGCUGUUCUCGCGGUCGGCAAAUUCAAACGACCGUACGUCCCGCGAUCCUUCCUGUUUUCCGGCCGUCAGCGAUCGUCAGCGGCUGACUCGUGUGCUCCGGUGACCCGGCUGCGGGCGUUUACGCGUUACGGAAUUCUUCGGCUCAUCCAGCAGCUACUCUCGAUGAAAAUCAACGAACGCUCGGUUUCAAUGGCUUCCUCUUCGAACAGAGAACUGAUAUGUAUAUUCCAGUGUGCACGCUCUAUGUCGAAACGAAGAAUUAACGAAACCGCGGACUGAGGGACAAAUUAGGGAAAGAAACAAACGAACAGAAAGUACAAACAAAACAGACCACGAAAUAUAACAGAGCUGAGAAACCAAAGACACACGUGCGCUAGGGACAGCUUUCGUGAUCGUCGAGCACACCACCACCACCGCCCGCCGCUGCCGCUUCUUCCUACAACUGUGUUUGUUACCGACUCAACCAACCAAAGCCAAAAACCAAAAACGAACGAAUACAUCAUCAAGAACUGUUAUCGUGGCAGACAUCUCUUCCUCUCUCUAUAAAUAUAUAAUAUAUAUUUAUACAUACACACACGCUUAUACAAGUAUAAAGAAAUCUAUAAAUAUUGUAAAUACAUAUAUAUACGUAUAUAAAUAUCGUACACAAUUACCUACCAACACAGCGAAUACGUGUUCGGCUAGUAAAAGUAGUCAAACAGCCAAUAAGUCAGUCAUGAAUCUUAUGUUCCGCAAGAACUUCGGCGAGAAGGGUCUCGGCGGUGGUGGAGGAGGAGGAGGUGGCGUAGGAGGUGGCGGAUUGGAGGGUCGAUCGGCCGUAGGUGGCGCGUACGCGUCGGGUUCCGUCGGGUACGCGACCGCUAGGUUCGGCGUAGCGCGCGCCGGGGCCCAGUCGCCGGCGGUCGGCCGGGGCCCGAUCCGGCGUAGCAAGGAGUUCGGCUACUUCCCGUCGAUGGCCGAGCACGAGCACCAGGGUUACGCUUACCGGACUCACCUGUUCCUCACUCCACCGUCAGGCGGCGCCCUCGGCUCGCCACCGGACGAGCCCACCGACCGGCUAGGCCCGCCGCCCAGGAAGAACUCGGGCCCGCACGUCAUCAAAUGGGGCGGCGGAGGCGGCAGCGGGCCCGGCCAGGUGUCCGCCGCCGGCAGCCAGCAGAGGAGGAAGCCCCAGCAGCAGAAGGACCCGUCCGAACCGGUGACACCCACUGCCUCUAGACAGGUCUCCUUCAGCGGGAACCGGGCGUCCGGCACAUACACGCCCCUGGUGGUCUCCGGGAACAGCCCUCCGCGCGGCGAGCCGAUCUCCCUGGCCACCUUGGACCGAGACUGUUUCAUCAUUCCCCUCGCAUCCCUCGAACGUUUUCUGCCAGCCGGAGUACCGCUUUAUUCCAACUCGUUCCAGCACGCGCCGAUCGCGGACAAGAAGCGGCCCGGAAGUCCCCUGUCGGUCCUCGAGGUCGAGGACCCGAAGCAAUGUGUUCUCGCGCACUUCAUGACGCCUUUGGAGCCCCUGGACCCCCUGAUCGAGUCGCCAGUUUCUCGGCCGCUGGUGCUGCAACGGGACACCGCAGCCGAGCUGGUCGCGGAGAUCGCGCCAUCCGCCUCGCAGAGCAUUCUGCUCACGAACAUGGAGAAAAAUGCCGAUUUCCCAUUCAUCACGUACUACCUAAUAAACAAACAGAACACGGAUCCCGUGGAUUUUUACAACGAGGUUCAGUGCGCCGCCUUAAGGAAGUUCGACCCGAGGGACCUACGGUACGCAGCCAGUCACACGUUGGAUUUGUUCAACGAGGUCGCGACCAUCGCCAGGCCCCCCUUGGAGCCGCCAGGCGUGAGACCGCCGAUUCCGUCCACCGGCUACAUCGUCUCGAUCUUCAAGGUGUUCGAGGGCGAUGACGGCCUUAAGUUCGAACAGAACUGGCUCUACUGGACCGGCGCCCGCAUGAUGUACCGAUACUUGCCGAAAUCGGUUGGGCUCAGACGCAUCACGCUGCACAAGUCGAUGUCGCAGGGCGACAAAAUGUACCUAUUGAUCUGCGAGUGCUCGCAGCUGCAAGACAAUCUAUCCGCGGCGGCCAUUUUGUUGCCGGCGUUGCGCGCCAGGCUCUGCGGCUACACCGGCCUCUACAGGCCGUCCGUGUGCUUCUGAUUCCUCAAGAAAAGAUGACGCCGGGCUAGGACAGGCGUCGGGUGGCCGGACAGAGCCACCCUUUGAAACAUCCGGAAGAAGAUUCGUCGUCGAACCUUCGUCGACGAGCUCGACGAAAGCUGUCGAGCAGUCCGGCGGCCAUUGUUACGCACGCGGGACUCGCUCCUUCCCUUGAAGAGGCCGCUGCGAUCUUUUGCCAAUGCGUUCGAAACGCGCGAUUUAUUCGGGACGAGAGUCUGAUCUCGAACACGUUGAUCGAGAUGCAGGCUUGGACGAGGAAGAAAUAAUAAAAGGGACGAACCAUGUGUAACAUUGUUAACAGAUAUGUAAGGGGGAUCUUUUACGAGGCUCGUUUCGGUGAAUCGUAAAACCGGGCCGCCACGUGUGUGGCGUGUUGAUGGAACAGCCGGAAUUCGAAGAGAUUGACUCAAUUGACUAGGAAUGAAGUGUUUUGCUUGAAGUUUCAUGCUUGUUGAAAUGUCGAGGGUUAUCCCUUUGCACUUGAAUGUUCCUUUAUUGGAGAUAUUCGCGACGAGUAAAGGGAAAUCGAAAGUAAAUUUGGGGACUGGGAUAUUUUACGUCAAUACUCCAUCGUUUCGAGGUACUUGAACCUAUUUCGAUAUAUUCCGAUACGCGUUUCAAUACUUCAAUGCUUUAACGUUUCAAUAUUCCAUUAUUUCAGCUCCUUUCGAUAUAUUUUAAUACUCCGGCAUUUCAAUGUUAACGCCCGCCACGUUUCGCGUGAUACGUCAAACGUUCGAAUUUUACAUGAAGCGUCGCUUUCCGAGUGUAAACGGUCAAGUGCAGGUCUUUCGAAGGGAUUCCCCGAAAAGUUCUCGCUGCGCCAGUUGUCCAUCAACGCGCGACACGCCGGCAGGCAGAAUCUUCUUGUUUCCGGUUUGAUAAGAGUCACUUAUUUUCGUACAGCGGCGUGUCAUCGUGUUACCGGUGUGAAAACUGGCACGCUGUUCGCGACACGUCGGUCGAUUCGUCUUGUCGAUCGAGGAUAAGAUCGUGGGUACGCGCCGCGUGGACCGGAAGUCGCGUGAACCGCGGCCAAAGAGGACCCGCGACACGCUCUUCGUAUACGCUUUAGGGAAUAAUCUCUCAACGAAUCUUGGUACGCUUCCGGGCUGCACGACCCGUGUCUAGUUACGCCUCUGGCCAGUUUGUAUUUUUCGACUUUGCAUACUUCAUCGGAACGUUCAGGCGGACGUUCAUUCGCGGAACGCUGCGUUCGCCCGAUGGGACGAGGACGCGCGUAUUUGCAUGCACACAGGGGACACGGUGCUGUCGGCAAUUUUGUCUGGCAACGCGGUGCUAACUGGUUGUUUUUUGCGAAUUUAUUUCUCCGAUUUUUUCGCCUUGCUGUCGUACGAUUGUGUAUGCUCUUGUUCUCUACUGGUGCACCCUUCCAUUUGUACUCGAACAUUCUUCUUUCGAUAUUUAAGUAACCCUUUCUCUGUGAUAUUGCACUCGCGUUUCGGUUAUUAUAGAGCUUUCACUCGAAAUUCACUUGCAAAUCAAAUUCAAGAAUUCUUCUUCCUCUAUUCACGUUUCACUCCUUACUCGAAGACUCUCCUCUAUAUACUCAACUUUUCUUUACUCUCCACCCUUCCGAUUUCACCGGUUUCUCCUGAAAACCGUCUACGUCGCUUUGCCAGACUCUAGAACAAACGCUGCCCCGCAAACGCAGCGAAACGGCGAAGUCAAGGGCCAGUCGGACUUGGACCACGGUUGAUAAUCGCUAGCUAUCGACAGUAAUUUCACUCGCGAGGACCGCUUAAAAGGACCACUCGAAAAGAGGCCCGGGCGCAACAGCCAUUCAUAAUUUGUUCCGCCGACAGCGCGCGCACACACGACACGCGAAACACACAUACAUACACACACACACAGACGGACACACGUAUAUAUAGAGGAUACAACGUAAACACAAGUUUUAUUACUUAUCGAACGACUUAUCGAUUAAAAUCGCUGACUACAUAUCAUAUACUCGAUAAACUGUGAUAUUCGAACGAUCGCCGUAUAUAUCACAAAACGGAUUGAGACGCGCGGUUAAUCUAAAUAUCCUUCUCUCCUUCUGUACUUCAUUUUAUCUACGCAAACGAACGUUCGAGCGAGUAGAGAGUCCCCUACAGGGACAGACUUCUAGGCGAGAAACCAAAGACGCUCCUCGACGGUUUUCUAGUGGCUAUUGUAAAAGGGCAGACUCGCUAGCGGAUCAUUCGCGAUAUUUUCUUUCCGGCGGCGACUCCAUUGACACGUUGACACGGUGAUAUAGGGAUUUCGAGCUUUUCGCCUGAUAUUCUUUGACGUAUUAUUUACCUUUGUCGCCAAGCUGUUGCAACAUUUUACUGUCAACUAUUUGGAAAUUCAAAGAAGGGAGAAACGCAAGUCGGAAUUUGCUUUGAAGGUAAUAAGUUUUCUUCUUGUGAUCGUUCUCAAGCAAUUUGGAAGCUCCGAUCAUCGACGAUUGCUGUGGCGAUCAACGUGUUAACGCGUGUAAAGUAUUAAUAAAAUCAAUUCGAACAGAAGUUACGCUUCUGCGAGUCGCUGACGGAAAGCACGCGAGUCUCUUGUUAGCGCAUCUGCAGCUUAAUACGUCGGAACGACGCUCCGCAAUUCUAAUCCGAGAAUCUUUUAUCGAUUAACGUUUCACAGACCGUUUGAUAUUACAUAUCCUUGCCUGGAUUAUGGACGCUAGCGUGGUUUUCGAGUCGUCCGCGGACAGUUCGACGGGAUUUGUGAAUUAAGUGGCGCGAAGGACCUCAACUUCUUUAGACCUAAUUCUUGUGUCGAUCAGUUGUAUUGAUAUCAGUUGUAAUCUGCGUUUCUUUAAUGCAUAAGAAGAGCUAGCAAGAGGUAACGAAGGUUACGAACAAAACCUGAUAAAAAUGUUCGAAUUCAGAACUGUUGAUUUAAACGCAUGUAAAUCUCAUUGAUCAUCGAAAAUUCGAGAGAAAUCGUAAGGCAACCGACACGGCCGCCAUUUAAUUCACGAGUUCGCAUCCGCUUCGUCCGCGGAAUCGGAUGGACAGGUCUUUUCAGUGUCCUUUUCGGGAGGAAGCUUAAUAAAACAGAAGAAAUCUCUCUUAGGUGCCCGGUAGACGUAUCUAGGAAGAGGGCGAGUAGCGUGAAUCGGCAUCAAAAGUAGUACAAACCGAGAAAAGCGGUGCAGGCCAGGGAAGAAGCAGCUCAGUAAUAAGGGAAGACCGAGAAAAAGCGAAAAAACACAUAGGAACGUAUAGUCAAUAUACGCUUGUUGCAUACCAGACAAUAGCUAGGAUGAUUGCGCAGGCGCGAUCGGUAAAGUAGAUUUUUAAGGACACCGCGCAACCCCGAACCGGCGGCGUGAAACGCAAAACCAAUACGUCCCGUUCGUAAAACUAGCUGAAACAAAACCAAGUGGAACAAGAGACGCUCUUAAGUAUAAGACUACGAUCGUUGAAGCGUCGCGUUGGCGAUUUUUCAGUUCCAGUCUCGAUCUUUACCGAGAACAGAAGGAAAUUAAGGAAAACGCGAACCAUCGGUUCGAAUUUGAAGAACUAAAACGAAGGGAAUUGUUAAAAGAGUUUGAAUUUACGCGAAGCAAGGGAUAUCGCGAUCGUUAUUCGUGGAAGGAAAGAUCGCUGGCGCGAGAUCGUUGAUAAAUAGGAGACGACGAACGAAUACAUGGAAAACAGAGGGAACGAUUGCCGAACAAACGUUAACUUGCGAUUUUACUGUGAUCCCAUGUGCAUCGCGGCUGAUAAGAAGUAGAAACGGAAACGAUACAACGGUUCGUUCGUUUGCGAUUACGGAUUUCUGUGUCCUCCGAAGCACAGAGAGGCUCGAUCCGGUGUUUGUUCAUUGUCGGUUGUUCGGAUAAACGAGUUCUUCGCCUGCACAAGUUCGUCUUUGCGAAGUACGUUUCUUUUUUAUCGCUCCCCGUGGAAGGGUACGCCUGUUUCAGGGUGGCCGACUUUACGAGUGGACGCGUGGAUCGGAUCCGGAACGAUCGAGAUCGGAUUGUUCGACGACAGACCGGUACUUUGCGAUUACAAUAGGUUUAUUAUAUCAUGUACAACGAAUACGAUGAAGUUAAUAAUAAAUCACUUCUAAUAUUA